AUGGAACAAGAGAACCAGACAUCUGUGAGCACAUUCAUCCUCCUUGGCCUCUCCAACAUCACGCAUCUUCAGGCUCUAUACUUCCUGCUCUUCCUGGGGAUUUAUACCAUCACACUCUCAGGAAAUGUUCUCCUGAUUGUAGUAGUGAGAGCCGACAGCCAGCUGCACACUCCUAUGUACUUCUUCCUUAGCAACCUGUCAUUCAUUGACAUCUGUUUCUCCUCCACCAUUGUGCCCAAACUACUAGCCAAUACCUUAUCUCAGGACAAAAGCAUUUCCUUCUUAGGAUGUGCCUCGCAGAUGUAUUUUUCUUUAGCCUUGGGAGCAACAGAAUGCAUAGUAUUAGCUGUCAUGGCCUACGACAGAUAUGUGGCUAUCUGCAAUCCUUUGCGCUAUCAGAUUAUCAUGAACAAGACUCUGUGCCUUUGCCUGGCUGCUUCUGCCUGGACUGUGAGCUUCCUCAACUCCGUGAUCCACGCCACAUUCACCUUCCAGCUGCCUUACUGCAGGUCCAACCGUGUUAACCACUACUUCUGUGAGAUGCCUCCUCUCUUCCGCCUCUCCUGCAGAGACACCUUCUUCAAUGAGGUGGCGGUGUAUAUCUCCGGUGGAUUAAUUGCACUUUGCUCCUUCGUCUUGACCAUUAUUUCUUAUAUUCACAUCAUUUCUAACAUCCUGAAGAUCCGCUCCAGCAAAGGGAGAUACAAGGCGUUCUCCACAUGUGCCUCACAUAUAACCGUGGUUUCCCUCUACUACGGCGCCAUUAUGUUCAUGUACCUACGUCCUCGGCACAGUUACUCCCCAGAUCGGGACAGAGCGGUCUCCAUACUCUACACGGUGGUGACGCCAAUGCUGAACCCCAUCAUCUACAGUAUAAGGAAUAAGGAUGUCAAAGGAAGUCUAAAGAAGAAACUGUCUCCGACGGUAUGUAAAUAG